GUUACUAUGCAGUUCGUGUUGGUCAUGAACCAGGAAUAUACUUGUCGCCGAAACAAUGUAAAGAACAGAUUCAUGAAUAUCCUGGUGCCUUGUAUAAAAAAUUUGAUACAAGACAGCAGGCUGAGGAUUUUAUUAAACCAAUAGAAGAUAUUAGAAACAAUCUAUCAGUUUGGUCAGUUUGGACUGAUGGUUAUUGUUAUAAUUGUAAAGAAAUAAAUGGUAAAAAACAAUAUCUAGGAAAACUAAAUUCAAUUGCUGGAAUAGGAGUAUUUUUUGCUGACAAUGAUGAUCGAAAUCUGUCCGAAAGAUUACCAGGCGAAAUUCAAACAAACAACCGAGCUGAAUUAUAUGCUGCUAUUCGUGCAUUAGAAAUUGUCGAUAAACAACAAGAUAUUAUUUUAAACACAGAUAGUUCAAAAAAGAAAUUUACUAGAUUAGAAUUACCUACAUCCAAAAGAUUAAUCGAUCAUUAUUUUAUCAAGAAAUCAGUUGAUAACUCAGAAAAUGCAAACGAUUCUUAUAUUGAUGAAUUUAUCCGUAUGUUUAUUGAAAAGAGAAUCGAUAAAUGGUUAAAGAAUGGUUGGGUCACAGGAAAAGAAAAAAACAAAUUGAAAGCACCUAAAGAUAUUUGUUUACGAAUCAAUGAGAUAAUCAAAAAUAGAAAAAAU